CUUCCUUUUCAGUCUUAAGUUCUUCAUUUGCUUCAUAUCUUUUCAAAUGAAAAUAAAAUUGCUUUUCCCAUUCUUGAAGAAAGCUUGAUUCUUUAGUUAACAUUCUUACAAAAAGGUGUUUUGUGUUUCAAGUUUAAAGCUUUCUUACUAGUGUCUGCCUAGUGAUUGUAGCCGGUUUUUGUGAACAAAGAUGCAGAAGCCUCCACAAGCUGUAGACUUCGCCUUGAAGGAGACCUCGCCGAACAUCGGUGCAGGAGCUGUUCCAGGCGAUAAGCUUUCGAGCACCUAUGACCUCGUCGAGCAAAUGCAAUACCUUUAUGUUCGGGUUGUGAAGGCCAAGGAUUUACCUGGAAAAGAUGUUACCGGUAGUUGUGAUCCGUAUGUCGAAGUUAAACUUGGGAACUACAAGGGAAUCACUAAGCAUUUCGAGAAGAAGAGCAAUCCGGAAUGGAAUCAAGCGUUUGCUUUCUCGAAAGAAAGGAUUCAAGCUUCUGUUUUGGAAGUGUAUGUGAAGGACAAGGAUGUUGUCGCAGAUGAUUUAAUUGGCAGGGCUCUGUUCGAUCUCAAUGAAAUUCCGAAAAGGAUUCCUCCGGACAGUCCAUUGGCACCGCAGUGGUAUAGAUUGGAAGACCGAAAGGGUAAUAAAGCCAAGGGAGAGCUCAUGCUUGCUGUCUGGAUGGGAACUCAAGCAGAUGAGGCAUUUCCUGAUUCAUGGCAUUCAGAUGCUGCAUCGGUUGGCCCUGAUGCCGUUUCAAACAUCCGAUCGAAAGUCUAUCUUUCCCCCAAGCUUUGGUAUGUGAGGGUGAAUGUGAUUGAAGCUCAAGACUUGGUACCUACCGAUAAAAGCAGGUUCCCUGAGGUUUUUGUGAAAGCGGUUCUUGGAAAUCAGGCUUUGAGAACUAGAGUAUCUCAAAGCAAGACUAUCAACCCAAUGUGGAAUGAGGACUUAAUGUUUGUAGCUGCUGAACCUUUUGAGGAGCCUUUGGUUCUAAGUGUAGAAGAUAGGGUUGGAUUGAACAAGGACGAAACAUUGGGUAUGUGUAUGAUCCCUCUCCAUAUCGUGCAGAGAAGGUUAGACCAUAAACCGGUGAACAGUCGGUGGCUCAAUCUAGAGAAACAUAUUAUUGUCGAUGGAGAGAAAAAGGAGAUAAAAUUUGCAAGUAGGAUUCACUUGAGGAUCUGUUUAGAAGGAGGGUAUCAUGUUUUGGAUGAAUCUACACACUAUAGUAGUGAUCUUAGGCCGACAGCAAAACAGUUAUGGAGACCAAGCAUUGGAAUCCUGGAACUGGGUAUCCUAAGUGCUCAUGGACUGAUGCCAAUGAAAACGACGAAAGACGGACGAGGAACCACAGAUGCUUAUUGUGUGGCUAAGUAUGGGCAGAAAUGGGUCCGGACAAGGACAAUCGUUGACAACUUUAUGCCAAGGUGGAAUGAGCAGUACACUUGGGAGGUUUUUGACACUUGUACUGUCAUUACAGUGGGUGUUUUCGACAAUGAUCAUAUACAUGGGGGAGCCGGAGGGUCAAAGGACUCGAGAAUUGGGAAGGUACGGAUUCGGCUUUCUACACUUGAAGCUGAUAGGGUCUAUACUCACUCGUACCCUCUUCUGGUGCUGCAUCCUUCAGGGGUUAAAAAGACUGGUGAAAUUCAAUUGGCUUUGAGGUUCACCUGCUCAAGUUUGAUUAACAUGCUGCAUAUGUAUUCACAUCCACUAUUGCCUAAGAUGCACUACAUUCAUCCAUUGUCUGUGAUUCAGCUUGAUGUCUUGAGGCAUCAGGCUAUGCAGAUUGUCUCGAUGAGGCUGAGCCGGGCUGAGCCACCAUUGAGGAAGGAAGUUGUGGAGUACAUGCUCGAUGUCGAUUCACAUAUGUGGAGCAUGAGGAGAAGCAAAGCAAACUUCUUCAGAAUCAUGGGAGUUCUCAGUGGGUUGAUUGCUGUUGGAAAAUGGUUUGAUCAAAUCUGCAACUGGAGAAACCCUCUUACAACCAUUUUAAUUCACAUCCUUUUCAUUAUAUUGGUUCUUUAUCCCGAGCUAAUACUUCCCACAGUUUUUCUCUACCUUUUCCUAAUUGGAAUCUGGAACUUCCGUUGGAGGCCACGGCACCCUCCUCACAUGGACACUCGACUCUCUCAUGCUGAUGCUGCCCAUCCUGAUGAAUUGGACGAAGAGUUCGAUACCUUCCCCACUUCUCGACCUUCUGAUAUUGUCCAAAUGAGAUACGAUCGUAUAAGAAGCAUAGGAGGCAGAGUUCAGACUGUGAUCGGUGACCUCGCAACUCAAGGGGAAAGAUUCCAGUCUCUACUAAGCUGGAGAGACCCUAGAGCAACCACUCUAUUUGUGACAUUCUGUUUGAUUGCGGCCUUGGUUCUUUACGUCACACCAUUCCAAGUCAUUGCUCUUCUCAUGGGCCUUUACGUCUUACGGCAUCCGAGGUUCCGCCACAAACUUCCAUCUACACCCCUUAACUUCUUUAGGAGGUUGCCUGCAAGAUCAGACAGUAUGUUAUGAGCUCAAGUCAAUGUGCUUACCAUCCCCUUGUGUUGGUGACAAAUUCAUGGUUUUGUUAUCAAUUAUGUGUAAUUUUCGUCUUCCUUAUUUAGUAAACUUCAUGCUGCAGUCUGGUUUUAUGCUUCUUUUUCAUCCUGUCAAUCUGUUGUA